AGAAUCAUCCGAUCCGUCAUCACUGUUGAGUUGACAAGGAUAUGGUUAUGUUAAAAUAAACAUUGUUUAAUAAAUUCAUCUUUUCAACAGCUUUUUGGAGUAUUAACAUCAUUGAAAAGUUUGUCAGAGUUCUUUAGAAAUAACUUCAAAAUGAUUGUCUUGACUAUGAUAGCAAGAAUUCAUGAUGGUUUAAUAUUAACGGAGUCGGUUCAACACGACGAGGAGACUAGUAAAUCCACAUAUGAGUAUCACAGUCAAGCUAAGGGCAUUCUUCGAAAACUAAAUUCCAGCUCUGUUCCAGUUUGCAGCAUAGAAACUGGUCCAUAUUAUUUCCACUAUUUAAUUCAUGAUGGUGUGUGUUAUCUUGCUCUUUGUGAUAAAGGAUUUUCCAAACGUCUCGCUUUUGCAUACUUAGAGGACCUGAAAAAUGAAUUUAGUACUCAUUAUGGAAAGAUGGUUAUUUCUGCCACCAGACCUUAUAGUUGCAUAGAAUUUGAUACCUAUAUGCAAAAAGCCAAAAAGUCCUACUCCGACAAUCGUGCCAGGCGUAAUCUCACCAAUUUAAAUACAGAACUGCAAGAUGUUCAGAGGAUUAUGGUUCAAAACAUUGAUGAUGUUUUACAGAGAGGUGCAGCUCUUUCUGAACUAGAUUCCAAAGCAAGUAAUUUAUCCCUAUUAUCUGAAAAGUACAAAAAGGAUGCUCAUUUUUUAAACCUGUCUUCUGCAUAUACUAAACUAGCUGCUGCUGCGACGGUAGUUUUUGUUAUAUUUAUGUACUUUUGGUUGGUGUAAAAGAGCAAGUCUGAUGGGCAAUGGUUCAAGGGUAAAGAAAACUCUUUACAUGCAAGAUGAACAACAAGGGAUAAAAUAAAUUCUUCCAUGACCCUAAUUGUAUGCAUCAUUUUAUAAACUUUUUUAAACCAAAUUAUGUAUGCUUUUCAUGUAUUAUAUCACUUCAUGUUACACAGCACAACACUUAGCAAACAUCCAAUUUAAGAAUAAUUUUUUCAAUUAUUUUGUAGCAAUUUAUGGAAAUGAGGAGCAUGAAAACAUUUUUUUCAGCAAUUCAAUGGCCAAAAAGAUUUAUUAUUAUAUCAAGUGUUUUUUUUUUUUUUUUAAUGCAAAAUACCUUACAAAAUUUGCUACUUAAUACAAAGUAGUAAACUUCUUUCAGCUAAAAUUUAUGAAUGUAGUAACUUGUGUUAAAAAAUAAUAGGAGGGUUUUUUUUUUUUUUUUUUUGCAGUUGGUGUUACUAGUUGAAAUUAUUGUUGUUGAGUAAUGCUUUAUUUAUAAUGCUUAUUUAUCCGACUAAAGAUUGUUUAUUUAUUUAUUAUUAUUAUUUUUUUUUUUUUUUUUUGCUAUUGUCACGAAACAAACUUGAACUGUGAAUCAUGAAAUUUCACAGUAUGAAUUGAAUAUUGAGUGAGUACACUCAAUGUUUAUAGCUUCGUUUCGUAUAAGGGUUAUUUCACGAUAUUUUUCAUAUUUAUGUAGAUUCCGUAACGUGACCUUUUUUUUUCCAUAACCUUUUAAUUUACUGUUUGAUUUGCAAAUUAUUUUAAUUUGAGUUGGUGUGUUGGUAGGAAAAGCUCAAAAUAAAAUAAUAUGCAAAUCAAACAGUAAAUAUAAAAGUUAUGUCAAAAAAAAGUUGCAUUAGAUACUGACUCUACAUAAAUGCUUAAUUACCGUGAAAUGACCCAAAACCAAUUAAUUUUAAAACUUUCAUCUGCAAGGGAGACUUUAUUACCUUUCUUUCUGCAAGAGUUAUAUAUCGAGUCAUAAAAUUAUUCUUUUUUUUAAAAAUCUUCAGUACUUUAAAAAAAAAAAAAAUAAUAAUAAUAAUAAAUAAAUAAAUAAAUGAAAGACCUGUUUAAAUUACAGUAGUGUGAAGUGAAGGUUAUGGAAACAAUUCAAAUCUGUAUAAAUGCUUUUCCCUUUCACUUUUUUUUUUUUUUUUUUUUUUUUCAGUUUGUGUCUGGUUAGAAAAAUUUACAGCUUUGAAGCUGAUUACAAAAUCACAAAUAUUUAAAAUGCUUUUUAGAGUUUGUGUAAUAAAUUUUAAAUAUAUAUUAGUCAUGCUUGAAAUUAUUAGUGUAAUUAAUAAAAUUAUCUUUGAUGCUAUGAAAAUGGUAGUUAAAACAUAAAUGUUUCAGAGUUAAAUAAUCCUCUCCUUAAUGUUUAUAUUCCGUGAAAAGAUUUUAUGCAUGCAUUUUAAAGCACUGGUUAAGAAUCUUCAGAGCCCUAAAAGAAGAGGUGCUCUCAAUUUUAAUUGUAAAAUUUGCAUUUGAAAUGUAAGUUUUGUGAAGUUUGCAGAAAGUGCAAAUUUAGUCAUGGUGUAACUAAAUUCAUCAAGCUACCCAAUUAUUUUACAUUUUUCGAUUUCUUUAUGAUUUUUGUUAAUCAUGCAAGCUUAAAAUAUUUUUAUAAACUGUUUACACUUCUGUGUUGAUAUUUACAUGCAAUUUGGUAGUGCCAGCUUUUGUGCUACAUUUUGACAAUGUUGAUGGAAUAUAAAAAAUAUCAUGUAUUGCUGCUUUAAAGGCGAGAUUGCUGUCCCUGUGGAUAAAAAGUUUCUUACAAAACUUAAUUCUCAUAAUUAAAAACAAAAGGUGAUCUCAAGGUGAAUAAUUCUUCUAGUGCUGUGUUUAAUGAAGUCAUGUAGUACAUGUUAUUGGAAUAAACACUAUGAAGAUUUCAAUCUAUUUUAACAAUACAUUCUGUCAUUCCUUAAGCAAAUGUAAAUCAUUUAUUUGGUCAGUUAUCUUUUCUAAUCAUCCGGGAUGUUUAGAAAAGUCAAAUGAUAUCCUUAUUUUGUGAAAAUUCAUCCUUUUUUAUCUACAAUUUUUACUAAAUGUUAGAAAGUUAUUUGAUUGUUUUUUUUUAAAUUGCUAUGGCAGUGGUAGCAGUUGAUGCAUUUUGAAAAAAGCAAAAAAUCCUGUUUUUUUAUUGUUUUUUCCAGAGAUAUAUUUACUGUUUCUAUUUUAUUCAAUUCAUAAUAAA